AUGGCCCUCGACAUCCUCAAGUCCGUUCCUGUGCCUACACUCGACCGCCCAUUCGGCAUUGAACUAUGGCCUCUUUUUGACAAGGCUUACUCGUCCAUCUUCGGCUACCAUGCCAUCGAUUUCGAGUUUGUGGACGGGACGACCGCUAUGUCGACCUUGAAAGAGACUGCGAUUUCCUUGAUUGGAUAUUAUGUGAUAAUCUUUGGCGGACGAGAAGUGAUGAAACACCGCAGCCCAUUUGUCCUCAAGGGUCCUUUCAUCGUCCACAAUUUCAUCUUGACCGUCAUCAGCGGCGUUCUGCUUGCGCUGUAUAUUGAACAACUUCUGCCCACCAUCGUUCGAAAUGGCGUCUUCUAUGCCAUCUGCGAUAUCAACGGAGGUUGGACUAGACAAUUGGUCUUGCUGUACUAUAUGACCUAUCUCACCAAGUAUCUCGAACUAGUCGACACCUUAUUCUUGGUUCUGAAGAAGAAGCCACUGACCUUUCUUCACACCUACCACCAUGGUGCGACCGCUCUGCUUUGCUAUACGCAAUUGGUCGGUCACACAGCAGUUUCUUGGGUUCCGAUUACGCUGAACUUGCUUGUGCACGUGGUCAUGUACUGGUACUACUUCCAAGCCGCUCGGGGUAUUCGGAUUUGGUGGAAAAAGUACAUCACUAUUCUCCAGAUCGUUCAAUUCGUCAUCGACAUCGGCUUCGUUUACUUUGCCUCUUACACCUACUUCGCCAACAAAUAUUUCCCUUGGGCGCCGAAUGCUGGCACUUGCGCCGGAGAAGAGUUCGCUGCCUUUGCCGGUAUCGGCAUUAUCAGCUCCUACCUUCUCCUCUUCAUCUCCUUCUAUUUCGCAACAUACAGGAAACAAGCCGUUUCUGGACGGCCUAGGAGGAACACCGGAAAGGAGGCUCUGAUUGCAAUGAAAGAUGCUCCCCUUCCCGACCCACACAAGCUCCCCCAGGGAUCCAAGGACGAGGAAAGUGUCGCCUUUGCUACCGGGCGGGCAAACGGACCAGUCACACGGUCACGAAAGGCUUAG